CCAAGCUUGAUGUCCCCUGCUCUUUUCCUCUUUUGCAUUGCGUUAUUUUAAGUAAUGAGUCUAAUUAUCUAACCUCUAAAGGAUUUAAACACGCUGUAGAAAUACCUAGUUGUAAGAUGCCAUAUAAUCAAAGCCAUUAAUUUGGAUAAAUUCCCUUUUUCUAACUUACACUGAAAUGAACAUUGUAGGAAAGCUCAGUCUAAUGACACCAUGGAGUAUAUUCGUGCUUCAUUCACUGCUGUCCACUUUGCAAGGAUCUUAUUGCAAGCUUUCUCUUUUGAGAAGAACGUUGAGAAAUGAGUCUAGUGCAACUCGACAGAAAAGAGAUCUUGUAACAGCUGAGGUAGGUUAUACCUCCAAAAGCAGGAGGGUGGGGAAACCCUCCUCCCUUUUCUGCUCUGGGCCUUUGCCAUCCUUACAAAUGACCCUUUGUGGGGAGAUGGGCUGCGGUAACAGGAGGACAGCGAGGAGGAGCAGCUACUCCGCACCUGCUCACCCCGUUCAGGCUUCCUCUCGGUUGCACCAUCAUGGGGCCCUGAUUCGGAGUCCACCAGGAGGUUCAUGUCCUCAGGAGUGCCUUAAUGGAGCAACCUGCACAGAGGCAGGUGACUGUGACUGUCAGUUAUUUCAGGCUCAAGGAAGCAGGUGCCAAAUUGUACCUAACACCGGUAAGGACCGAGAUGGGAUUUGCAAAUCAUGGGGACAGUAUAACUUUGAAACGUUUGAUGGCAUCUACUAUUACUUCCCAGGAAAUUGCUCCUAUAUAUUUGCAAAAGACUGCAGUACUAUGGAACCCCAGUACACUGUUUGGGUUCAUAACAGUCCUCACUGUUAUGGUUCCGUAUAUACUUGUCAUAGGUCCAUCAGCUUAUUUUUUUCAAACCAAGAAGAAAUAAUGAUUUCAGGACAUGAAGUAAGAAGAAAUGGAGUGAGAUUAAUAUUGCCUCAGACAGUUGGAAAUGCUUUCAUUGAGAGACUGGCUGAUUAUAUUCUGGUGAAGACUACCUUUGGUUUUUCUCUUGCUUGGGAUGGAAACUCUGGUAUUUAUAUUAAAAUAACAGAAGAUCAUAAGGGAAAACCUUGUGGCCUUUGUGGAAAUUUUAAUGGCAAUAAAUAUGAUGACCUGAUACUUCAAAAUAGGGAAUAUACAGAAGACAUUGCUGAAUUUGCAAAUAGCUGGGCUGUGCAAGCCUCAGAUGAUAUAACUUGUGUCCCUACUGCCUCAGAUUUUUCCAGUCCUUGCUCAGCCAAUGCAGAAUCCACUGAGGACAUAUUCUUCAAGUGCCAAAUAUUCCUACAGUUUCCUUUUCUCAGCUGUCAUGAAAGUAUAGAUCCGUAUUCUUAUAUUUCAAGCUGUAUGAAUGAUCUUUGCAGAGUGGAUGAUGAUGAAACAUACUGCAGGGCAGUGACAGAGUACGCUAGAGCAUGCUCUCACGCUGGGUCCCCGGUGCGGGACUGGAGAGAUGACUUUCCUGCCUGUACUGAGAAGUGUGAAGACACCUUUGUUCACCGUGACUGUAUCAGUUGUUGUCCACCAACCUGUACGUUUGAAAAAGAUUGUCUUGGCAGCAAUCUGCACUGCUUAGAUGGCUGUUACUGUCCAGAUGGUCUCAUUAUGGAAAAUGGAACUUGUAUCUCUUUGUCGAAUUGUCCUUGUAUUUAUCAUGGAACUGCUUUCCCUGUAGGCUCAAAAAUUGAACAAGAAUGUAGCAACUGUAUUUGUGUUGGUGGCAUUUGGAACUGCACUGAUCAUGAUUGUCCAGCUGAGUGCUCCAUCACAGGCAGCUCUCAUUUCACCACAUUUGAUGGACGUCAUUUUACCUUUCUUGGCAUUUGCCAGUACAUUUUGGUAAAAGGCACUGGAAAAAACAAAUUCACAAUCACUUUACAAAAAGCACCUUGUGGACAGAACUUUGACCACGCCUGCAUUGAGUCUAUAACACUAGUUCUUGAAGAUGAUGUGAGGAAACAAGUAACUCUCACAAGACAUGGUCAAAUCCAAACUGUUCCUAACCAGGUUUUUAACCUCAAUGGGGCUAUUGAAAUUCAGAAUAUAUCUUCUUUCUUUGUUCAACUGAAAACUAGUUUUGGUCUGAAGAUACUGUUUGCUAAAGAUGGAGAGAGGAUCUAUGUUCAAGUUGAUGUCAGAUGGAAGAAAAGAACAUUAGGACUAUGUGGAACAUUCAAUGGAAAUUUAAGAGAUGAUUUUCUAUCUCCAGCGGGGAUGAUAGAAGGGACCCCACAACUUCAUGCCAAUGCAUGGAAGGUUUCCUCAGCUUGCUCCAUGCCUAUCAAUAUUCCUGUGGUUGAUCCCUGCAACGUGAAUCAGCAAAAUGCUGGGUAUGCCUCUCACUGUGAUAUCAUCAACCAGGACGUUUUUGCUCCCUGCCAUGCCUACAUCAGCCCAGGGCUGUACUACCAGCUCUGCCGCUUCGACGCGUGCAAAUGUGGGAGCAGCUGCUUGUGCAACGCUUUGGCACACUAUGCUUACGUCUGUGGCAAGCACGGCGUCGUCGUUGACUUCAGAUCUCAUCUUUCUUACUGCACUGUGAUGUGUCACAGUGGUAUGCUUUAUCAUCAGUGCUCUUCUUUUUGUAAGCAUUCCUGUGCUUCACUUUCUAUGGCAAAUAUCUGUGCUGAUGACUGUGCAGAAGGAUGUAAUUGUCCCGAUGGGAAGUAUUUUGAAGAAUCGGCCAACUUUUGUGUAUCAAUAUCUGGUUGCCAUUGUCAUUACAAAGGCAAAGCCCUCCAGCCUGGAGAAAUCCUUCCUACACCAACAGGCUCCUGUCAAUGUUUGAAUGGAACAGUGAAAUGUAUUGAAGCCACUACAGAAAACAUAGUUCACAUAUGCCCUGAAGGAAAAAUCUACUAUGACUGCAGAUCUCCUGUGCCUGGGUUACCAGCAGCGGGUGUGAAUUGUGGGAUCUCUUGUGCGAACCUUGCCAUGAACUUCUCCUGUGUCCCCUCACCACCCUGUGCAAGUGGCUGCAUUUGCCCCCCUGGGAUGGCUGAGCACAGAGGGAAGUGUUAUAUUCCUGACAGUUGUCCAUGUACCUGGAAAGAUAGAGAAUUUCUGUCAGGAGAAGUGAUAGCUACUCCAUGUUACACCUGUGUUUGUCGGAGGGGUGUCUUCAACUGCACCAGUUACCCCUGCCCUGCUGUCUGCACCGUUUAUGGAGACCGACAUUAUUACACUUUCGAUGGACUGGAGUAUGAUUAUCUCAGUGACUGCCAAACUUACCUGCUAAAGAGCACAGAUAACUCAAAUAUAUCUAUAAUUGCUCAGAACAAAAAGUGCUUUGACAAUGAUAUUGUUUGCUCAAAGAAUGUUUUCAUCACUGUUGGAGACACUGAGAUUUAUUUUAGCGAACCUUCUGAGAAGCAGAAGACCCUAGGGGCACAGGAAAGCAAAUCUAGCUAUCAGCUCUGGAAGGCUGGAUAUUAUACUGUGAUACACUUUCCAGAACUGGACAUUACAAUUCUGUGGGAUAAGAAGACAAUGAUGCAUGUUAAAGUUGGACCUCGAUGGAAGGGCAAACUGGCAGGCUUGUGUGGAAAUUUUGACAAAUACACUUCAAAUGAUCUGACUACAUCAAACAACAUGGAGGUGAGAAAUGCACAGGUAUUUGGAGACAGCUGGGUACUAGGACAGUGCAAGAGCCCAAAUGAAACACUGAGACCAUGUGAAGUACAUCAGAGCAAAUUCCCUUAUGCCAAAAAGGAAUGCUCAAUUUUAUACAGUGACCUUUUUGCACCUUGUCGCAAUGUGAUUGAUGUGACUUCUUUUAUCAAAAAUUGUCACACUGAUACAUGCAACUGCAAUCUUGGUGGGGACUGUGAGUGUUUGUGUACCAGUAUUGCAGCUUAUGCUCACAAGUGCUGCCAGCAAGGAGCGGUGAUUCACUGGCGAUCUCCUUUGCUCUGUGCUUAUGACUGUGAAUAUUACAACCAAGGUCUUGGUGAAGGGCCCUAUAUUUUGGCAAGUUUUGGAGUGAACGACACAAUUAUAGGGGCUAAUGUGUCCAGCAGAAGGAUAUUUCCCCUGCCUAGAGCUGGAGCACAUGGAAAUGUAAUUUUCAGUUUCAUGAUAACUCCAGGUCUUUUUAAAGAUAAAGAUUUAUCUCUGUCUCUUGUUUCCCUUGAAUCUGCUGAAAGACCAAACUACUUUCUGUAUGUACAUGACAAUGAAACCAUUGGGUUGGAGCAGUGGCAGGCAAGUGCCUCCUUUCAGAGACGAGCCACCUUCUUCCACCACCAGGGGCUCUGGAGACCAGGGCUCAGUGCCUUCGAGCUGCACAGUAAAAAAGGCUUUUUCAUCAUUCUCACCUCAUCCAGAGUUAAAGUGGAAAAGUAUGAUGAUUCGGAAGAAUUCAAACAUUUCAGUAGCUUUAGUAUUGAAGAACUCAGUGCUUCUGUGCCUUACAGAAGGAUGUGUGAAUGGCGAUAUGAAUCUUGUGCUAAUCCUUGUUUUAAGACAUGUAGUGAUCCUGAAGGAAUAGCAUGUAAAUUUCUUCCUCUGGUUGAAGGAUGCAUGCCAUACUGUCCCAAAAACAUGAUCCUUGAUGAGGUCACACUUAGAUGUGUUUAUCCAGAAGACUGCAUACCUGUGACACCUACAGAAUCAGAAAUUGGACCGAAACCUUCACUGUUAACCUCUCUCAUGGGUCCUACCACAGAGAGAUUUCCUCAGACACCUCCUGUGUUUGUUACUUCAGGGAAUAAAUCAACUCUCAUCAGUGUGACAGACAAAAUAACCAUGAAUGCAAACACGGCUUCAAGGGGAAUUAAAUCCAUUACAGACUUUUAUUCAUUGGAAGCAUCUAAUGCAGCCACGUAUUCAACAUUUUCAUUGCCAAGUACAGUGGAGCCUUCUGAUGUACUUCACAGCACAACCAGCCCUACUGUCCUUUCCAAACCCAUCCCUUCAACAGAUUUUCCACUUCCUCAAGCCUCAGCAGUCACACCACAUACUGCCUGCUCUAACACAUUUAUAACUUUACCCAUUGCAUUUACAACCUUGUUGUCAACAUCAGUACCAUCUUAUGUGACAUCUCAGACUACAAGUUCUUCAUUGAUUCCCAUAGUCAGUAGCACCUCAUCACUAACACAACAUAUAAGUGCUACCCAAGCAUCCCUUUCAUCUCUAGAUCCAGCAGAAACUUCAAAAAUUCCAAUUAUAGACCUUUCAACUUCUGUGGAUUUCUCCAAAUUCACUUUAAAAAUAAAUCUCUACCAACUUUUCAGCAGCACUAAAAACAUCCAUUGUAAUGCCCUCUUUACUAAUGCCUACAUCCUCACUUUAGAAAGCCAGCCCUCUAUGCCUUCACCUCCUAAGUCCUCUUAUAUCUCUAAUGUUUCUCUAGGAAAACAGAGCUCUUCAGUAAGUUCUUCAGAAGAAGAUGGAACAAUAUCAGCCAUACCAGCUGGAAUCAUCACUCAAUCCACCACGCCAAUGAUCACGAACACAACAGUGAAUGCUACAACCUCAAAAGCAUCUUAUAUUUUUGCAAAAAUGCUACCUAGUUCUUCAGCCAGUUUAUUAGUUACUUCAGGCACUACCCUAGCCUCUAGGAUUACCACAAAAACCACUGAUUAUUUUGUUGUAAAUUUGGAUUUUUAUAUGGCUUCAGCUUCAGUUCCUACCACCAUAGAAACCCACAAAUCUUUAUUUACGACUGCAGUAAUUCAAGCCUCACAGAGCAGUGGAGAAACUCCAAAGAUUAAUAUAAUGAAAACCACUGGUACUACAAGUCCAUUAUCACAGAUGAAGAGUACGCCAUACAUAGCAUCAGAAAUUAAAUACACUACUUCAUUUGAAAAAACUGUGGAUAUUUCAGAAGAUGGUCAGACUUCACAUGAGCAAAAAAAUGCUACCAGGACAAAGACAACCACAACUGACAAAUCUUCCCUGCCUUAUUUGCCAGUAACUGCAGUUCAGAGUCUGCUUGUUUCAAGAAAUACAACUUCAGUCAAAAAUAUUUCUAUUUCUGGAGUCCUGGAUGUAACGACAUCAGAUAGGUCCAAAAUCCCAACACAGAAACCCAUUGCACCUUAUUUUAGUGUAACAGAGGCCACAGAGCUGCAGACCAGAGGUAUAAUAGAUUUGUCUCAUUCCAGUGGUGGAUUGGCUCUGCCUUCUUCCUCAGAAACAACAGCUGUAGCUGACAAGGCUUACUUUGGCACAAUGAUGCAUACACUGGUAUCUGCAUCUUCUGAGUGUGUGCCAAGAUACCUGGAACCUGUUGACAAAUGUAGCCAGUAUGUAUGUGUUAAUAUGGGUUGGAUGUUAUACAAUCUUUCAAGGAACUGCCCUAAGGAUAUGCAGAAGCCAGAUUGUGGUUUUCGAGGAAUGCCUGUUCAAGUUAACACUGACAGCUGUUGUCCAGAAUGGGAAUGUCCCUGUCAGUGUUCUGUACUGUCUGAACUGAGUGUUAUUACAUUUGAUGGAAACAACAUAGCCCUCUGUAACAUGGCUUCCUAUGUUUUAGUCAAAUUACCAGGAGAAAUUAUUGUUGCUCAUAUUGAAAAAUGUCCUGCUAAUCAGAGUGCAAAUUCAAUAAGAAAACUAGUGCCAUCUGCAAACACUUCAGGGCUUUGUUUUAAGAAGUUAAAUGUCACAACACACACUUGUCAAAUACUUAUCAAUCGCUUAGCAAGAAAAGUAGUCGUGGAUUCUGUGAUUCAACCAUUACCAUUUUCAAAAGGAGGACUGAGUAUUCAGGAUACUGGAGCAAUGUAUGUUGUUAAUACCCCAGCUGGUAUUAGCAUCAAGUGGGCUCAUGUUACAGGCAUCAUAGACAUACAGUAUGGGCUACACCCUAACACAACGAGGAAGACAGAAGGACUUUGUGGGGUGUGUAAUGGAGAUCCUAGUGAUGACCUGAAAAUGCAAAACAUGACCAUAAUUACAAAUAUGGAGGAAAUUGAAAUGUUCAUUAAGAGUUGGGAAGUUGAGAAAUCACUUGAUGUAACAACCAGGAGGCCAGUAAGAAACUGUAUUGAAGAUAACUGCACAUACUGUCUGGAACUCUUAAACAGAAGCAUUUACAUCCCUUGUCACAAGAAAGUGUCACCACAGGAAUUUUGUGAAAAGAUGUGGAUCAACAGUACUAAUUUUUGGAAUUAUGAGUGUGAUGCACUUUCUGCAUAUGUGGCUUUAUGUAAUAAGCACAACAUCUGCAUUAAAUGGAGGACACCUGAUUACUGUUCACUGAGCUGUCCUGAAGGCAAGGAAUACCAGCCUUGUGUGCAACCAUGUGAAGCCAAGACGUGCUUGAAUAAAUGGUUCUAUGAAGAUUCUCCCUGUUCCUACUUAAGGGAAGACUGUGUGUGUAAAAAUGGCACCAUUCUGCAUAGAACAGACUCUGAUCUCUGUAUACCAGAAGAAAAAUGUACAUGUACAGAUAUUAAAGGACAACCCCGCUCUCCUGGGGAGGUCUGGAAUGGAUCCAUGAGAGGGUGCUGCAUGUACGGCUGUUUAGAAAAUGGAAGCAUUAUUGCUGUAGAACCUGAAUGCAGUGAGGAUCCACCACCAGUGUGUGAAAGAGAAGGGGAAGUUCUACUCCAUGUCAUUGAAGAGAGAGCUUGUUGUCCCAAGAAAGUUUGUGAAUGUAACCUGUCAUUGUGUGAUGCCAUUAUUCCAACAUGCAAACCCAAUGAAAAAUUAGUGGUAGGCUACCAUCCCCUGUCCUGCUGUCCACAGUACCAAUGUGAAUGUGAUCCUUCAGUUUGUUUUAAUGCCUCCCAGCCUGACUGCAGAGAAGAUCAAUUUAUUGUUGAAGCAAAACAGGAAGAUCCUUGUUGUUUCUCUCAUCUCUGUGUGUGUGAAUCCUGUAUUGAACCUGUUCCCUUGUGUAGUGAAGGGGAAAUUCUCACGGUAGACCUUAAUACCAUACACUACUGCUGUCCUCGUUACUACUGUGUUUGUGAUGAAAAUCUUUGUUCUGAGCCUCCUAUGGUUUGCACAGAUGACAUGAUACCUGUGAAGGAAAAAAUACUUGGGCAGUGUUGUCCGGAAUGGCACUGUGAAUGUAGUUGUGAAAAUGCUACUAUGCUGACCUGUAAAUUGGGAGAAGUUAAAAAAAUAGAUAACAGUGUUUCCAGUGCUUGUGGAUGCACUCACUACAUUUGUGAGAAGGAUGAUGUGUGCAUCUUCCAAGAGGUCACAGUACUGAAUCCUGGACAGUCAGUGAUUCAGUACUUGGAUGGAGACCUUUGUUACACUGUACAAUGUUUACAAGAAAAAGAUCAGAACACAGGCUACAAUGCCAUGCAUUUCACAAUGAUGAACUGUUCCCAGCAAUGUGAAGCUCAUCAAGUAUAUAUUCCUUCCUUCAGCCACCAUACUUGUUGUGGUACGUGUCAAAACGUGUCCUGCUCUUUUCAUACAGAGAAUGGAACUCUGAUUGUGUAUGAGGAAGGAAGCACGUGGACCUCCAAUUGUACCAACUUCAAAUGUGUAAAGACUGCGGCAGGUGCUAUUGUAGUGGGUUCAAGUGUUGUCUGCCCCCCGUUUAAUGACACUGAGUGUACAAAGAAUGGAGGAAUUGUGCAGACGUAUAACGAUGGCUGCUGCAAGACCUGCAAAAAGGAAGAAAGGAUUUGCCAGAAAAUGACGAUCAGGACAACCAUAAGAAAAAAUGACUGUAUAAGUCAAAGCCCGGUAAAUGUGGCUUCUUGUGAUGGAAAAUGCCCGUCAGCAACAAUUUUCAAUGUCAACAUCGAUAGCCAUCUGAGAUUCUGUAAAUGCUGCCGAGAAACUGGAACACGAGUCCUGACCGUGCCCUUGCGCUGCUCGGGAAACGGCACCGAGAUUAUGUACGUCAUCCAAGAGCCUGUGGACUGCUCGUGCCAGUGGAACUGAACACUGCUGGGGACAUGGCUCAGCUUUCACCAGACACAGAUUUUUGGUCAUGAAUGGGUAUAGUAUUCUGUAGGGAAAUAAAAAAAAGGCAUCAGUUAUGCUUUAUAAUGUAACUUUUCCCAAAUUCAUCAAAGACAUUGUUUGUUGUUCUUCGAGUUGUCUUCAAAUAUAUUGGCAAAAGUAGAAAGGAAAACAUAAAUCCGUUUGAACAAGGUGUAGUUUAUCCAUCAUUUAUUUUUACUCGGUGGCUUUCUAAUGAGGUGAUAAAAAUGCUGUUAAUAUGGUUAGUAUUUCCAGUGUUUUACAAUUUUGGAUUGUGGCUACCUAUCAAAGUGGAGAAUUUGCCAAAUAAUUUUCUCAGUGGUUCAUUUACUUAGAGGCCUUCAGUUGAAAACCAUCACCAGUCCCACAUUAAAAUGGAAAAGAAGCAUAUUAGGAUUUUGAAAAUGACUGAAUUAACUUAUUUUAAAAAUAGUGGGUUCAGCUGUAAUGUUUUUCACCUUGCUCAAAAAUCUAUCUUUUGUCCAUUAAGCUGUUGUCAAUGACUGGAUUCUGCUUACACUGUAAAUCACUGAGAAACAACAUGACUGUGAUCUGUAAGUACUUGUAGGAACUUUCCAGAGUAUAUAGCAGAAUCAUAAUAUCUUGAAACCUUAGACAUAUAUUUAAUUUUUAUGUAUAUUAUAAAUAUGAGGCAUGAAUAUGCAAAGGCUGAAGAGUUAUAGCUUUUGUGUCUUAAAAAUAAUUGAAAGCCAUUUCUACUAAGAUUUCCAUUUUAUAUCCAUUUUUUGACUUUUUACAGAUGAAAAAUUGGCUGUUUGCUAGUAUAGAAUAUAUAUAUUUAUUAAAAAGCCCCACAAAAUUGCACAUUUUAAAUAAUCAUAAUGGGUUUUGUCUUUGUUUUCUAGUCAAGAAGAUUUGAAGAUUUUGUUUGAAGAUUUAUGUUCAAUAUUUUAAUUUUUUUUUUCAAUACAGAUAUUUAGACUAUUGCCUGAAUUUAGGAUUCAUAAUUUUUGAAUCCAGGAAAAAUAAGUCAGGUUUUGAAGGACUUAGGUGAGUUAUUCAUGUUCAAUCAAGUUGUAAUAUCCAUGAUUCAGCAUCUUAAGGUGAAUGUCAUCUCCCUUUUCUUCAACAUACUACAUAACUUCCUUUUAAAAAUAAAGGAUGCAAGUUUAAGCCUGGUUUUAGAUUACUUUGCUUUAUAAAUUCACUGGAUGAAAAUUAUAUUAAUUAUGAUGGUAUUCUCCUUAUCAAUUUUCCUUUUAACUGUUUUAAUAAUUUAACAAUUUAAACAGUUUUAACAAUUCAAUUUAACAAUUCAAUUUCAGAAUUGAAAUUCUUGUCUAAAAGUUUGAAAAUUUUCUGACAGUUUUGCAAGCUCUCAUCGUUUAAAUAUGAAAAGGUUGGAUUAUCACAUGUGUUAUUACAAUGAAUUAUAAGCAAUUAAAAUUGCCUUAAAAUCUAAGGCUAUUUUUCUACUUUGUGUGACAAAUCUUUAAUUGUUACAUUCUGUUUGAUGGCUUACAAAGAAAAAUAGCUUAUACAGAGAAAUCUGUUAUUAUUAACAAGACUCAUCUACUCAUCCGUAUCAUUAAAAAUAGUGACUUGGUUUAAAAAUUAAAUAGCAAUCUAUUGUAAUAUAUCAGCAAAAUAUUUACCCAUUAUAAAGAAAUAAUGAUCAACUAGUGAUCAAAAUAAAGUGACACUUUGAGAAAGCCUAUCCUUCAUCUGCAUGUUUUUAUGAUUUGUAAAGCAGAUAUUUCAAGUUGUAUUAUAUACCAGGGCCUAGGACCAAAAUAUUUUCUGAUACCACUGUCAGAAUUUGUGCACAGAAACUUUUCAUGCAGGUAAGAAAUAGAAGUUAAAUCAUAGUCAUACCUGUAGUGUUCGUGCACUUGUACAGCAAAUUAAAGGACAACUUUAAAAAAAAACACCAUACUUUUGAUUUAUUGAGAUAGAGGUAGAUACCCUAUACUUGCAUUAGGAGAGUUUGGCCCAAGUCUACUUAAUUAAUUUAGCAUUUGAUAAAAAGGAAGCUCUCAAAAUACAGUGUUUUUCAGUAUAAUCAUUAAACAUUUUCAUUGAACUGCUGUGGCUUAAAAAAAGCCAUGUAAGCCAUUUUCUUUUCUAAGAUUUAAAACUGUGUUUGUAAUUCAAAGGAAUAUAAUAAACAUUAUUUUGCAGAGUGAUAAUAAAUCAGUGUUGAUGCAAUUAAUUAAGUUUUGCCACUAAAAUGAAUGCUAGUGCAAAACCUUAGGAAAGCUUGGAAAUUAUAAAAGAAGUUAUGUUUAAAAUUAACUUCAUGACAACCUGCAACAAGAUAGAUGAUAUUAAACUAUUUUUUCCCACUUAGACAAUUUACUUUUUAAUGCAACAGUCAGUAGGAACUGUGGCAGGAUUCUCCCUGAAGCCUGCAGCAAAAUCUUACAUCUUCAGUGGAGCUGGAUAUGGUGGCUCUAAGAUUGUCUUUCCUUUUAGAGUUAAACUUCACACUCAGGCUGCUUCGGCCUUGUCAGAAAGCAAACAUCUCUUAAAACCCAUGAACAUUUCCUGGACAGCCCGCCCAGCCCCUUUCCCUCCAGAGGGUGACACUGGCAGGAUGUCAUGUGUUUUAUAUAACAUGAACUAGCCCUUGCAACCCUGAGAGAAGAGAGCCCUUGCACCAGAGAGAAGGUUUGAAUGAGCCUAUAGUGGGGCAGGACUGCUCUGCUCCACAUUUCCUCUGUCUGCAAUGUGCACAUGACCACAUAUACCAUUUAUGGUUUGUCUUGGCUUUCACAUGACCACAUAUGCAGUUUAUGCUUCUGUCUUGGCUUUCUCAUGUCUCUUCAACUCUGCAUUCCUGCCUCAAGUCCAAUCCUCAAAUUUUGCAUAACUCUGUCUGAACAUGUGUCUUGUGAGCCACUUUGGAAAGCUGUUCUAAGUCUUAUUUAGUUAAAUACCAAAAUUAUUUAGUCUGGUUAUUAUGAACCAAACAAGUUUUAACACCCACAGAGUUCCCUCCCUUCUACCCACUCUGAAACUAAGGCUAGCCUAAUUUCUACUCCCCUAAAAGGAAGGCUGGGAAGGCAUGCUCCCGAAACUCCCACACCGUCAUUGAAAAAUCCAAGAACUGUGCACGAUGGAGUGGAAGUCUUGUGCUGCAGCCCCACCAUGCCUUGUCAUUUCUCCCAUCUGUAACUGCUUCCCGUGGCCCUUCGCUCCUGCAUUUCCACUGUUCUGUUCCCCUACAUGGGCUUGAAAAGGAUUCCCACAACAUAAAGGCUUAGCCAUAAAACUAACCAGAUAUUUUAGGGAUUAACAUAAAAACAUCUCUACGCUUGGAAUCAGAUUGUACCUGAAUGCGCUUCUGUAAAAUGGUACGUCUUGGCCACAUUAUUUAUUUUAGACUUUUAUAAUUCCAUUGCCUUUUUACCAGGUAAUUUGUUAAGACAAACUAUAGCCCAAAUGUACAAUUAGAAUUUGAAGCACAGCUUUUAAUACUAGGUAUAAGCCACUUACUGUGUGUUUUCAUUAAUAAAAUCUGAGAGUACAGAUAUACAGGCAGCUGAUAUUCCCACUUUUAGCUAGCCAAAUAUGUAUACUACAAAUAAAAAGUAAAGCGUAAUUAAUUUGCAUGAUUUGUUUCCACAUUGCAGUCAGAGCUCUUCUCAAAUACAUACUCCUGUACACUGGUGAAAUUUUAGGGCAGGAUCAGCCUGAGUUUUGGUGUUUGAACAUAGUUAGAAGCCACGUAUAUACUGAGAGGCAGAGGCAUUUACAGCAACCCACUCUGAGAUUACAAAUGGUCACUAUGCUGUUCACAGUGCUUCAGCAGUGACAAAAUUCUGUUUGAGAUGUCCUUUCCCCCUUCUUUCGGAAUCCCUUUUCCCUGGCACUAGUUUUUUUCUCUGGAACUUCUGCUGAUAAACUCAUCUUACAGGAACUGUAAUUAUUUUUUUAUAAUUAUUUUAUUAUUAUUCAUUAGUUCUGUAUAAUUCUUUCCAUCUCUUUUUCUUCCAUCUUGUCUUUUACAAGAAUUCAAAGGACAAAUCCAAUUUCCAUAUACUACAGAGAUUCACCUUUGUGUAAAAACUUACUGCCACAUAAACAUGUAGAUACCACUCAGGAAUAUUGUGGCAAUGAAAAAUACUGACUUGAACUAAUUUUUCCAAGUUCUGUCUCGUCAAAACCCUUUUCAGAUGUUACCUUCAGAUGCUGCUGCUGCUGUAAUCAUGUAUGAGUAUAUGUCCAAAGGAAAAAUCCCACAGGAAUGAAUUGUAGGGGACAAAACAUAAAUGAGUUGUUACAAAUGACCAUAGCAAUAUAAUCAUAAUGGAGAAGAAAGCAUGAAGGCCAGAAUAUUAGCAGAAAAUCUGUACAGUUACACACUCCCAGCUAUUCUCUCCAAUAUAUUUUCAAAAAACAUUCACAACUGUAAGUAAAAAAAUCUUUUGAGGGGUAGACUUCAGCACUUUAAUGCAAGAGAAGAAAAGAGUUUUAGUGAGGAAAGGUCAUGGUGGAGAUGUUUUGUGUGUAACACUGUACUAAAUUUUGUCUAAACUUUCUUUAAAUGCUGAGUGGAAUGUGCAAGCUGCCUAUAGGAUAAGAAAACUUAAAAAAUUAUCCCUCCAUUAACAGGUCACCAGAGUUUAGGGAGGAAAGGUAUACUCAGAGCUGAAGGACAAUGGGCUGUAGCAAAUAAGAUAUAUUGACUAGACCUUGGCAGCCAUAUAGUGAUCAUUUAAGAACUGUCAUUUUUGCCUGUUUGGAAAAAUAAGUCUCUUUGUAGACCAAUAAGGUGAUCCUAUAUCUACUGGAAUCAGUGAUAAAUCAUUCCCUAAGAUCAGGGAUUUGAGAAUCUUUCUUCAUUGAGAUAGUCUGAAAAAAUGUCUUAUCCAUGUGGUUUCUAGUUUUAUGAGUAGUUUUGUAUGGGGGAGCUUGAAGAGCUGCUUCUGUACUGAUGUCACACUGGAGAAAAGUGAAUGGUGUCACGACUUAAUCACUAGAAAUGCUGAAUAAAAGGAAUGUGCUUAUGUUUUGGGGAGUGUUCUGUUAAUUAAGGUGGAAUGUGCCAUGCACACUUAAUUUAUUGGGGUUUACACAGAGAGAGCUCCUGCUGGUGUCUUGAAAAUCACUUUGUUAAUAAAGUCUCUCUUUGUGCCUGAUGACUGCAAAUUGCCCUGUAAAAAAAAAAUUGAGCGUGCCUGCGUUGCAAAACAGAUGAAUAGGCAGUGGCUUACUUUUGUAAGCUAAAUAAAUUGAUAGCUAAAAUAGCAUUCAGGUGAUUGCAUCCAUGUGCUCUGCUGCUCUGAUAGGGAGAUUGACUCAGUGUUUUGAGAUCAGGGGUUUCACUGCAGCAGCAUUUGUUUUACUAUGUGUGUCUUUGAGUCUGGAUAACAUAAAAGCUUCAAAAUGGUAUUUUUCUGGUAAGAGUAAGUCUGCCUUGUUUACUACAAGUUCUAAAUAAAGCUUUAGUUGAAAAUUUUAUUCCUUAUUUCACAAUUCACAGUUCAGUGGGAUACAGGUUUUAGUGAAAAUUAGGAAUAGGCCACUGAAAAACGAGAUAGUAUCUCAAGGCAAAAGUAUGAUGCGAUGAUAACAACUAAGAAAAUACAAAGUAUAUAAUAUGAUUGUUGCUCUUUUUAUGGUACACAUACAUCAUGGCAUUGAUUUUUUUAUUUUAUAAUCUGUAAACAGUUUUUAUCAGCAUAUUAAACUGAUUUAAUUUCAAAGAACACAGUGGAAAACUAAUUCUUUAUUAAAAAUGUUAUUUGGGGCAAGAUUAGGGAAUUGGGAAUUAUACUGAGGUAAGUUCAAAACCAAAAUUGCUGCUUCAGAUCUGGCCACAGAUGAAAGUCACCCAGUAUAUUUUUCUGAGCCAAGUUCUUGUUCAGCAGCCUUUGGGAAAUAGAUUGGUGAUCUUACUGCUAUGAAUUAUUUUCUAGUCUUUAUUUAUAGUUGCUUAUACUGGUGACUUUGUGUGGGACCUCUGUAAAGUCAUAAGAUGUACAAAUGGUUCUGCAGCAGUGCUUAGUACUUCUGCAGGAAAGUGUUUUCAGGCUUAUUUUGUACACUGACCACAGAACAUCUGGAUAGAAAGGUGUACUGUAGAAAACAACCACAGUCUGAAGGAAAAUAAGUAAGUGAUUGCAAUAAAUUUUGAUCUGGUAGUCACAUAGAAACUAAAAAUAAUUUUUUACACUGAGGGGUUUUUAAAUGACUAGUGAACAACAGGCACAUCCACAGUUCAGUGAAAUCAAAGGAUCUUAGGAAACUUGAUAUGAGACUUGGGAAGAGGCAGGGCCAGAGCAAAGACAUACAUCCUGGGUGCACCAUUGGCUGCCUCUGUGUCCAUGUGAAGUGUAAAUGUGUGUAUUAGUUUUUCCCUUAGGAUAUUCUGACAUCACUUUGCUUAGAAGCUGUGGUGAUACAAGAGAUACUGGGACAAUAACAAUGGAUCAACCAAUUCUUCUUCUGCUUUUAUUACAGUAUUUAUUUAAGGUAAGGAAAAUACUCU